AUGCACGGCUGUUUUGACGUAGUGGAGCUGCUCCUGGAGCGGUGCCAGUACAAACCUGACAGCAGAGACAAAUGUGGAGUCACUCCCUUUAUGGAUGCUAUCCAGAACGGGCACAUCCACAUUGCCCGGCUGCUCCUGGAAAAACACCAGGCCUGUCCUUCAGCCGUGGACGCGUUGGGUGCUCAACCUCUGCACCGGGCAGCUGUCACGGCCCAGGAUGAAGCCAUCCAGUUCCUCGUCUCCGAGCUGGGUGUCGAUGUCAACGAGAGAGCAACAGCCCUCCAACUCACAGCACUGCACUACGCAGCCAAGGAAGGACACACGCGCACCAUCCAGACGCUGCUGUCCCUCGGCGCUGAUGUCCACGCAAGGGAUGGGAAGAACCGUUCUGCCCUGCACGCAGCGUGCGCUGGGCAGCAGGCAGAGGCCGCACGGAUCCUGCUCCGCGCCGGGCUGCGGGAUGCUCCGGAUAGCACGGGCACGCUGGCACGGCAGCUCGCGAGGAAGCCAGAUGUCAUCCGGGUUUUCCAGGAAAUGAAUGUCAGCACGUGA